AAUAACACAUGAUCCGCUCUCCGAAAUUUCCUCUCUUUGUAGCGAAACUUCUCUUUGCUUUGUAGUUUCGUCUGGAUGAGAGUAUAAAUGUUGGUCGUUUUCAGUUAAAGCACCGUAUUUUUUUUGAGCCUGAGCUGACACAAGUUGAUAGUUCAUCUUCCCCUUAGAACUAUGUCCCAGAAGCGGCCACGUGAUGAUGAUGAGCAGGCUCGAUCGGACGGCCACAACCCAUCCGUUCGCAAGCAAAAGAAGGCCCGUAGAAGUGUGACAAUUGAAGAUAAUGAGGAGUUGCUUUCUUCAAUACCUAAACUUGUAAAAGAGGAAGUAAAAAAGGCAAAAAAGCAAGUAAAGAAGGAAUUAAAAAAGAAAUUUGGUUGGUUACUACGAAAGUAUUGUGCUUCCAAGAAACGGCGUCGUGGGAGGCAGAUGCGUAAGUCGGCCUCAAGAACGUUACAACUCAAGUUUAGAAACAACCUCUCUCUUCCGAUCUUCACUUUGACAGAAAUUGAAGGAGAGGACCCUUCUGUCUUAACUAUAGCUUUAGUUGAUGCCAGUACUGGGCAAGAUGUUAACUCAGGUCCCGAAUCCUCGAUGAAGGUGGAAAUAGUAAUUCUUGAAGGAAAUUUUAAAGGCGAUGAAGACAACAACUGGACAUUUGAGCAUUUUAGCAAUAAUAUUGUAAGAGAAGGAAAAGACAAUCGGACACUUCUUACUGGGGAUGUGUUUCUGACUCUGAAUGAGGGAAUUGGUGUAGCAGGCAAGCUGAAAAUUACAGAUAAUUCAAGCAGGACAAAGAAACGUAAAUUCAGGUUAGCUGCAAGAGUUCCAGAUGGUUAUUUUGAUGGAACGAGAGUGAAAGAAGCAAUCACUGAACCUUUCGCAGUCGAGGAGCGUCGUGGAAAAUCAUACAUGAAGAAGCAUCCCCCAUCAUUGGAUGAUGAAGUAUGGCGCUUGGAGAAAAUUGGUAAAGAGCUUAGCAAGCGUCUAAGCAGUGAGAAUGUCAAUACUGUAAAGGACUUUCUGUUAAUGCUACAUGCAGAUACUCCAAGGCUUCGAAAAAUCUUAGGCCCUGGAAUGAAUGACAAGAGCUGGGAAAUUAUAAAGAACCAUGCAGAAGAAUGUGAUCCUGUUAGCGAAAUGUGGGUCUACUACUCCAAGUAUGAACAGGGAAAGGGAGUUGUCUUCAACAUUGUGGGAACAGGGAUAGGGUUCCACCUCAAAGGGCAAUUCAUUCCCAUCAACAGCCUUCCAGAAAUUCAAAAGGUGGAAAUGCAGAAGAUGAUCAAAGUUGCAUAUGAAAACUUGGUAGAAGUAGUCCCUUAUGUUGAUGGGGCCAUUCUUGGUAGUUCCUCAAACAUGGCCGUCGAUUCAUUCCCAUGUUGUUCUACGAGGCCAGAGAAUCCAACCAACACUUGUUCAAGCUCUCAACAUUCUGGUGGACCGUCUUUACACCAAGGGCAAUUCAUUCCCAUCAACAACCUUUCAGAAAUCCAAAAGGUGGAAAUGCAGAAGAUGAUCAAGGUUGCAUGUGAAAACUUGGGAGAAGUAGUCCCUUAUGUUGAUAGGGCCAUUCUUGGUAGUUCCUCAAACAUGGCCGUCGAUUCAUUCCCAUGUGGUUCUACGAGGCCGGAGAAUCCAACCAACACUUGCUCAAGCUCUCAACAUUCUGGUGGACCGUUUUUACACCAAGGGGAAUUCAUUCCCAUCAACCUUUCAGAAAUCCAAAAGGUGGACAUGGAGCAGAUGGUCAAGGAAUGCUGGGGAGAAGUCGUCCCCUAUGUUAAUGGGGACAUUCCUGGUAGUUCCCUGAAUGUGUCCACUUAUUCCUUCCAUCGUGGUUCACCAAGGCUGGAACUUCCAGAUUUUGGUAGCACGGAAUGGGGAAACGAUGCUAGUUCUCUGAUCAAUGAAAAAUCUUGGUGGCAAAAUGAUGCGUAUGCCGCCUUGUCGCCUUCCACCUUGUGGCCUUGGCAAGAACCACAAGCAGACCAUGUGAAUGCCACAAGCAGCUUCUCCAACGCGCCGGUGCAGUCUGUAGCUGUCAAGGAUAAAGCUCUUCGGACAUGGAAGACGGUGAUAACUGUGCUGAAAGUCUCCAAGUGGAUUGUGGCUUUGAAGUACCCGGAUGCAUGA